CUUCAUUUGGCUGGCUGGCUUUGCCCUUUGCAGCGCCGGCACUCACUCACUCACUCCCUCACCACCGCCGCCGCCGCCCGCCAAACCACCACCACCACCACACACGCACACACCUUUGGCCUCUUCCCUCCCACCUGCUGCCCUGCCCUUCUUUCCCCCCUCCAAACUCGCCAACCCGCAAUCCCACCGACACCCAAUCCAGUUCCCUCACGGAUUGCCCGCCCGCCCGUCGCGCCUCGAGUCUGCCGCCUCCAGUGCAGUCCCGUGUCGUGCCCGUGCAGGCCCAGUCCGUCAGGUUCUCCCUCGUCCCCGCCGCCCUUCCCCGAGCGAGGACCAGUGUUUCCACGGGCCACCGCCAUCACCAACCCUUUGGCGACCGCCCUGCUCUCCCUCGUCUGGGCCUUGUCCUGCGACGCAGCUGAGUCCCUCGGCCCUGCAAACUUGCCGGCUGACCGUGUCAAAGACGACGUCGUCGGCUAGUCUUUUUGUGCGGUGCCCAUCACCCUCGGUCGCCCGACUCGACUCAAGUUUUUUUUCUCCCCUCGUCGUUUGCGAGCCGACGCCUUUGUCUCAGGAAGAGCCGUGUUUUCCUGGCGCCGACGUGUUUGCUGAGGCGCUACGAUAACAACAAGGCGUCCUACCGGACUCCUUUGCACCUACGAAGCAUCACUGCUAGCAGUUUGUUUGUUAUUCAAUAUUUUGACUCUCGCCGCCUCCGACGCUGGUGCCCGAUUGCCGCUGCUUACCGACGGGCCGGUCGGUUUCUCUUUUUUUUCUCUCACCUCUGCUCGCCGCCCUCGCACCCGUCUGCCUGCAACCAUCACUCGUCAAAGCCCGACACGCAAAAAAAAACAACACAGCCGACGACGUGCUCUCGCAAGGAGGCUGAGUUAUCCGAAACAAUACCUGCCGGGUCACAGCCGGCCAGAAACCUCGUGUACGCAUAGUUCGGAGUCCACACGCCGAAUUCUCCCGUCACACCUCGCCGCAACCUCUUCUCGUUGUCGGCCAAACCAUUUUUACCCCCUCUGGGGAGCGUCGGCAUCACGCCCAGAAUCGAGAUCGACGCAUCGCGUGUUGUGACCGAGCUCCAUAGCCUUGGUUUACGCCUCGCGUGAUUUUCACAGCCGCAUCCAAUUCGACCGAGAUGGCGGCUCCCUCAGCGUUCUCCUACGCCCAAGCGGCCAAGGGACACAACACACUCCCUUCAGCCGCGACUUCUGCAAACCAAGCCGUUCAGCCUCAGGCCUCUGAGCGGGCCUCUUCUACGACCAAACCCUCGACGGCUGCCGAGAGCACCGCCAAAUCUUCCGAGCCAACCCGCACAGCCGAGCCUGCCGCUCCGGCUGCCGAGCGGCAGGAGCUCGAUUCCAACCUUGGCUCCGAGAGCGAUAUGCGAUCCGACGCGACCGCCGAGAAGCGGUCCGAGUCUAAGCGGGAUGACGACGCCGGCCGGUUAGAUCGACCUUGGCGGAGGACCGACAAGAGCACGCGGUCGUCGAGCACGGCGACGCGGUCGGUGGACGAGCAAGAUUCGCGGAAGCCCCGAAAGAAUAAGAAGACCAAGGCGACGGACAAGCAGCCCGGCGACCAAGCAGCGGAGACCGAGAAGGAGCAGGAAGCAGUUCCUGAGCCUCCCAAGAUUGAACUCUCCGAAGCCCCGAUCCCUUCUGUCAACAUUUGGCACCAGCGAAAGGAGGCACACCUAGCCAAGGCCAAGCCGGCCACCGCUGCCAGCGAGGUGGUCACCAACGGCGAGCCCGCACCCGUUCCCGGAGAGGAUACCAAGAAGGUCGUCAAGCCCACUGCGGAGACGUCUCCCGCACGCGAAGCGGCUACCGUCGCUACGACAAAUGGCACCAAGCCACCCAGAAAGGCCACCGAUGCCCCCCGCGCCGAGCGGAACGGCAGCCGAGGCUCCAGAGUGGCCGAGAAGGACGCCAAGGAGAGCAAGACUGAGCUCCCACCUCCCGUCGACGACUCUUCUUCCUGGCCCACGCCAGAGACCGCCGUAAAGGAGGAGAAGAAGAAGCCGGUGACGGCUACCGUCGACCGUCAAGAAAAGGAGGUCAAGGAUGCUCAGGACGAUGCCUCCCAGGCUAAGCCACGCCAGAAGGAGAAGUGGGUGGCGUACGACUACGUGCCCUCGGUGAGCUUCGAGACACAGAUUCCCCAGAUGCGCAACUCGAAGCCCCGGGGUGGUGCCCGCGGUGCCAACUCGACCCGUUCCCCAGCUGGGGCCGCUGUCGCCGAUAAAACGGCCGCCGCGGCACCCACGGCGAAGAGUGGCGAGUCGAGAGACAGAGCCCGCGAGUCUAGCGGUGCUUCCACCAGGGCUGCUUCUCUGCCGCCCACCGCGAAGCGCGCAUCAAUGGACUUGAGCAAUGCCAAGGACCAAAAGAAGGCGCCAGGUCACGCUCCCGGAGAGAAGACCAAGGACGCUGCCUCUGCCCAUCAAUCCGAACAAUCUGGUGCCCGCGACCGCCACGAUGGCCGCGCCGAGCGUGGUCGAGGUGCAUUCCGCGGUAGGGGCGGCCACCACUCCAUCAACUCGACGCACUCGCAACACCAACACAACGGCUCCGCCUACGCAUCUGGAUCGAUGACCUCGCGGCCUCAGGGCCCAUACAGCCCGCCGCCGAGGCAAGGUGGCCACAACCAGAUGUUUAUGCCGCCCCCUCAGAGGGGCGGUCGGGGUCGCAAUGCUGCCGGCGCCAACUUUCACCACCGCAUGUCCCUGCCCAACGGCGCCACGCGACCGCCGACUGUUCAGACUCAGUUCGGACCCUACGACUUCCCCAUGGCUCCCCUGUCUGCCAUGCCCUUCCAGGCGCCGUAUUGGGACAGCGUGGUCAUGCAGAUGCUCAAGAGCCAGAUCGAGUACUAUUUCUCGAUUGAAAACCUGUGCAAGGACAUGUACCUCCGGAAACGCAUGGAUAGCCAGGGCUUCGUGAACCUGCACUUUGUCGCGGCGUUCAAGCGCAUAAGAGAGCUUACGUCGGACAUGGGAAUGAUUCGCGCCGUCUGCGAGGCGUCGGUCGAGCUGGACUACGUUGUUGGCGAGGAUGAGAUUGAGCGUCUGCGCAGACGCUCCAACUGGCAGACUUUCGUCUUACCGCUCGAGGAGCGGGACGACUUGGUUCGGGUCAACGGACCCUCGCACAUCACCUUCAAGAACCGACCGUACGCUUUUGGGGCAUUCAGCGGCAUGGCGCCCGCGCCGUACGGAGUCUCGCCGCCUCUUGGGUACAACCCCCAGGGCGAUCUUCAGUUCCAGCAGCUCCCCGACCGACAUGGGGUGGUGAAUGGCAUGGUCAACGGCAGCGCAGGCGGCCACGGCGCGCCCACGCAACUGUCGGCAGAGGUGCCCGACUUUUCCCCGUCGGGUCUGACUGCGGCUGGAGGUCCGGUCAUGGCGGCAGCGGCCGACAAGGCUGCUGUCGAUGCGGGCAGCGAGGCCAAGGUCAACGCGGAGACGUCGACAAAGGCUUUGCCGAACGGCAUUCACUCUGCAGAAUUCACAGGAGGUGCCCAGUCGUAAUCUCUUGGUCCCAACAAGGACAGUGUUGGGUAGUUUACUGGAGGUGAGAAUUUGCGCUGGAUACGUGGCGUCGAGAGACGACUAUCCAGAACCCUGUCGCGAUUGCAUCGUGGGACAGGACGUGGGACCGACAUGUUCUGCUCCGUCGGUCCUUGCCGGAGGCUGGACAAGAGACGACGUCACGCACAAACGCUCGGAAUUGCCGCGCGCAGCACGGGAGGCGUGGCGAGGGCUGGCGCUCACCAAUGAUCAGAAUGUUUGUACGAGAUGUGGUCCCAAUUUACUCAUUCAAAGACGGAGGGAACGGCGCAAAAGACGUCGUUCACAAUUCUCUGGGGCCUUGACGGCGCCACGAGUCGGGCGCAUCCAGUCCGUGGACGGGCAGGGAUAUCCUGCGAACCCCUCCGAGCCUUUGACGGCUGGGCUUGGGGUGGGAAGUUGUGCUUUUUUUUUUCUUCUACUUCAUUUUCAUUUAAGACAAUCGAGACAUGGGCGUCGUACUGGGCUGCCGUGGACGGCUCCAGAGAGAGGCCACAAAAAGGGGUUUUGUCAAGGCCAAGCAAGCACACAGACACACAGACACACAGACACACGGAAGGGGGAUAUCGGGGAGAGAAGGAAGUGAGGGGCCGGGUACUGCUGCUGAGCAUGAUUCUUCACACAACAAGGUUUGGGUCAAAAGGGCGUGCGUGGCAUACUUGUACUGUACGAAUAAAGACAAGCGAAAUAAUCGAAAAUAAAAAAGAGCAGGUGGUCAUGGAAAUGCUGUUUGUUCUUGUGUGGAGCGGGG